AUGGCUGCUGGAUCCUCAGACCAGAAGCCUCACUACCGCCAUCCCGAUACUACUUCCACAAUUCGCCAGAUUGAGCUGGACUCGGAUACCUGGAUCGAAGCUACCGAGAUUGACGACGAUGACUUGCAAUUUGGUGGAAAGUCGCUGAGCGAGUGGUACGAGGAGGAGCGCAAGCGUCUAAGUAAUGGCUCAUCGUCGUCCGACGAAGAGGAGCGACGUGGCCGGCAGAGGGUUCGGAAACAUUACUCGUCCCAUAAUCGCCAUCUACACUACCAACCCCAUAACCGGGACCGAAGUACCCACGGCUCGACAAACAAACACUGA